AGAUGACGGACUCAAGAUAGUCCUUCCGCCUGGUAACAUGUCAGAUGGGGUUGAUGGUGGUGGUGGGGAAAACGAGGUAGACUCUCAUUCCUCUUCUCAAGCCGAAGCUGGAGACUCUUCUAAUCACAGGGAAGAAGAAACGUUAGAUCCUGAUAACGAAGCAGCUCUCAACACGAAUUAUGAUAGUAGCGAUGGAGCUGUUCCUGCGUUUAGAUGUGAUAGAUGCGACAAUUAUGAGACUAUAAAUAAAACAGCUUUCUCCGCUCACCAAGACCAAUGUCUGGCGAGUGGCGAAGCUGGAGAGAGCGCUGAAGGCAUAGAGGGAACAGAAAAUGACGGGGAUGCGGAAGAAGGCCAUUCAGGGAUCAGGUCUCACAGAAAGAUGUUUGAAUGUGAUGUCUGUAAUAUGAAAUUUUCAAAUGGAGCUAAUAUGAGAAGACACAAAAUGAGGCAUACAGGCGUAAAACCAUACGAAUGUCGGGUAUGUCAGAAGAGAUUCUUUCGGAAGGACCAUCUUGCGGAACACUUUACAACACAUUCAAAAACUUUGCCAUACCAUUGUCCGAUAUGUAAUCGAGGUUUCCAAAGACAAAUCGCGAUGCGCGCUCACUUUCAGAAUGAACACGUUGGUCAACACGAUAUGGUUAAAUCGUGUCCUCUCUGCAAUUAUCGUGCGGCUACCAUGAAAUGCCUUAGGUUGCACUUCUUUAAUAGACAUGGAAUAGAUUUAGAUAAUCCAGGACCAAAUAGCUCUACGUCCGUAAUGAAUAGUUGCACAUCUGGGGAGGCGAUGCCUUCGGCACCUCUAUCUGAUAGCGGGGAUAGUACUGGCAACCGUUCGACCGACAACGCCACGCCUCCCAUGCAUUUCCUCACGCCCCACGUGGAGAUAUCCAUUCCUUAUCCCGAACAAGCUGCCAAUCAACGAAAUCCAAGUCCUGCCCCGUUGAACGGAGACAGUCCCAAUAGUCCCCAGAGCGCCGACAGCAAUAGCAAUGCACCAAGCAGUAGUCAUCAUCAAUUAUCUAUCAAUAGCAGUAGCAUUCAUAGGAACGUAGGCGGAGGCGACGAAGCCAUUACACCUUCGAUCUCCUUAAUACCUAUCAAACAGGAACCAAACAGCAACGGUAUGGAUGACAGCGGAGCAACAUCGAGCAAUCUACCGUUACCAUCGCUGAUCAAGGUUUCACCGUUAAAAUCGUUGCUGCGCGAUGAUCUUCGCCGUAAGCUUUCUACCAGUACCACCAAUAACAACAAUAACAAUAGUAACAACAGCGGUUGCGGUGGCGGCGUUAAUUCUAAUCCACACUCGAGGGGCGAACCACCCACUUCUACCAGACCGGAUCCUCGUACGAGUGGCCUUCAAUGCACCCACUGUCGCAUUACGUUUCCGGAUCAGACGUUGUACUUCCUCCACAAAGGUUGUCACAGCGAGAGUAACCCGUGGAAGUGCAAUAUUUGCGGGGAGCAGUGCUGCAAUCUGUACCAGUUCAACUCGCAUUUACUGAGUAAGAGUCAUCAGUAG